AAACAUCGUUGUUAUCAUGUACCUUUAUUGACAGAAUUUGUACGCUGAAACCUAUGUUCUGUGGCAGUUCUGCCUCUGUCGGAAACAAUGGCAGAUUCUUCCACAGACCGUAAACCUCCCAAGCCAAAAUCGCGACAGUCGAUCGCACAUAUUCCAUCCAGUAGAUCAUCUGCGUCAAAGGACAAUGUGACAACAGACAUUGCGGCUCUCCACGCUCGAAACAAUGCGGUACAAGCAGCCAAAAAGCGGUCGCGUGGAAAAAGCCUCGGUCCUGGAGGUCUUGAAGCUUUGACGGAAACAACGGGCAACGCAGCAAAGACACCGGUGACUUUUCAGAUCAAGUCGAUUCUCAAACCUACGAUACCUUUGACGCCUCCAAAGGCGAUCCCUUCAUUCGACGAAUUGCGCAAAAGAAGUACUGGAAAAGCAAAAUCACCGGCAAAGAAUGGCGCAGAGGAACUCCUCAUUGAUUUCUCGACGCCAGGUCCAAACAUGGCAAAUAGAGGUGGAAUCUCCAUGGAAGGCGCAGAAAAUGUGGCCGACCCGUUCAGCCCCAUCACGCGGCAGUCGCCGCGUAGAUCGAAGACUUCAAACGUCGAGGCUCAGGAGCGAGAGCGCGAGGAAGAAGCGAAACGACAAGCUGAGAAGCAAGCUAUCUUGGACCGAAGAGCAGCUAGACGGAAAUCACUUGCAAACAGGCGAGUGUCAUUUGCACCAGAAGCAACAUUACACACGUGGAGUGUGAUGGAACUUGCAGAGGACUCUACCACUAGUUCGGCGUCGAAUUCUACCAGGAGACAAUCCUCCAUGACAGCACAACAGUCGCCGGUCAAGGAGAUGCCUUCUCGCGAUUCAUCUGCCUCUCCCUCGACACCCGUGGAACAGCAAGAGGAUCCUAUGCAAACAUCUUCCCCAGCGCAUCAACGAGAUCUCCAUCAGCAGAAACGUAGGAGAAGCUCUACAGCUUCACAACCUAUGCUGGAUGAGUCGCAGGACGACGUGUUCUCCUCGAGUCCGUCUGGUGAUGUUACCACGAAUAGUAGUCCGAUGCGCGUUGAAGAUGGCAUCGAGUCCUCGGACGAUUCGGACACGGAUGGCGACACGGCCAUGAGUAUGGAUGAUGAGACCUCUCACACAGUGAAUUCCCAAGACUCGGGAUCGAGCACGCAUUCUAGUCUGGAAGAGCGCCUACGUCAGGCAGCAGCACAAGCAGGGACACCAGGAAUAGACUACGACGAGCAGGAUGAGGAAGACAUGUCCAUGGAGAUGGCCACUGGCACCGUCACUCACGCUUUUCAACCCUACGCGCGAAAGCAUGUCUCCGAUAUCGAGCGCAGCGUAAGUCAAGAAAACGAUAGUUCUGUUGCCGAGUCUCCUCAACGUGGUGCCAUAAGGGAAGAUUCGAGUCUUCAGGUAAAUGAUGAUGAUGAUGAUGAUGAUGAUGAUGUACGGUCCCAAUCUGAAGAUAUGAGCAUGGACGUAACCAGGGCUGUCGGUGGUAUUAUCCCGCGACAAUCACCUGGGAAAAAGAGCCAGAGAUCUCCCAAAGCCCGUCGCAGAAGCAUUCACCCUCGCCGCUCAAUGGGGGACGAAUCUGUUUUUGACGAAACUAUGGAUUUUACAGUGAUGCAAGGUGGAAUUAUCGGGGAAGGUGACAAAUCGGAUGCCAACAUGACCCAAACUCGUUCAUUUGACGAAAUGACCAUGGAAUUCACAACCGCUGUGGGCGGUGUAUUGAGCAAUGGAAAUCGACGCCAUUCUGGCUUAUCAGAAGAGUCCGAGGACAAUCAGACCAUGGACAUGACGGCAGCAGUCGGUGGCAUAUUGAGUCCAGUUGAAGAGCACACUGAGCCGCAGACAGAUGCGGAAGACGAGCAGACAGUUGCCAUGGAGGAAACGAAAGCGGUUGGAUCGAUAUUGAACCAGCCUUCUCCCACGAAGAAGCGCAUUACCAGACAGUCUGCCGGUAACGCCUCUACUCCUCCGCGAACCCUUCCUUCCGAAAAGUCGACACCAAAGACGACUCCCAGAACCACACCAAGGUCAAAUUCCAAGACCACACCAAAGACCACACCAAAGUCCCAACUGCAUUUGACUUCGGUUGCGUCUGAGACAGGCAGCCCAAGUCUUGUCGCCAAGCCACAGUCAUCUAGCAGGUCUCAAAGAAGCAGCAGUAAAGCCUCAACGACACCUCAAGCGCCGGCCCCAAGCACACCUAUCAUGUCUCAUCGUCCACUGCAAGCUGGUACUCCAUUGCAACAGAUCACACCGCUUCCGGAGCAUGCACCGAGCCCAAACAAGACACCUCUAUCCGCGAAUGUGCAACACCGAGGUGCGUCACCAAAGAAGCUUUUCAAGGCCGAGAUCAAAGCUAGAGCGUCGCCAGCAUCGACGAGGAGAGAAGCAAAUCUUAAGGCAAACUCCUUAUUCUCUCGGGACGCAGAGACCGGACAACAGACGCCUAGCAUAGUAUUGCGUGCUAGCAGACCUCAGCUACAGCGAAGGAGAUCAAGCGGGAUCGGCAUUGAUAAGGACGGCAUAGGUUCUCCUCGAGUUUCUGAACUUCUGGAUAGAAGAACCUCAAUCGGCGACACGACAAUGGAAUUCAAGCUCGGAAGCACUAAGCCAUCGAGGUUACGCUUUGAAGAUGCGGAGCAGCUUGAACAGGAGGUGGAAUUAGAGCGGCAAGAAGAACAUCGUCGAGAAAGUGGCCGAUUCGUCAUGGAACGAGAGGCAGAUGAGGCUCAAGAAGAACAGACGACUUCGCAGCUUAAAGGCAUGAUUGAGACAAUGUCACCGAGAAAAUCGAAAGCUAGCAAGGUCAAGGGCAGGAAGAGCCUUGCUGUUGGCGGCGCCAAAGGACUGCUCGGAAAGCGUCCAGCGGAACUGGACAUAGACGAUGACGAAGAAGCUGAGUCGACGCCGAAGCGUUUGAAAGCUGUUUCUCGAGAAGGAAGUCCUGUCAAGAAGGUUCAUCUACCAAAGCCACCCAGCAAAGACGAGACGACUGGUAAAUUGAAUCUUAAGCUGCAAAUGUCACUCGCAGACAUGGCAGGUGCAGUCAAAUCAACCCCGACUGUGGAUACUUUCCGCCUAGCAAGGGAUAAAGCGCCAACAAGCCCCGAAGCAGGAGCCCGGUUUAGAGAUAUUGAGGCUACUGGCGACGACAGGCCCACUUCAUUUGAGGACAAGCUUGACAAUGUUGUCGGGGCAAUCGACGUUUCCACGGCUCAAUUAGAAGAGGGAUCUUCUUCAGCAGAACAGGAGAAGAUCUCGCUUCAAGACUUCCUCAACAUGACCAACAUCCACUUCAUUGAGCUUUCGACUACGAAGAGAAGGCAUACUAUGGCACAAUCUAUGCCUGCGAGAGAAUCGCAAGAAGGCGCUGCUGCUCCGAGUACUGAGGUGAACUUUGUCGCUGCCGCAACAACGCUACCUCUGCUGGAACUCUAUCAGCAUGCCACGAGAGAGUUGAAGUCGUAUAUCUCUACGGGUCGUAAGAUCAUCCGUUCUAUCGAGGCAGAGACAUUGGCUGAGCAGCCUCCACUUUUCCGAGAAUACCUGGAUGCGCGACCAGAUGUCAAGGUUAUCAUGGACAAUCAAUUUCGGAAUGGUAAGGCGAAUGCUCGCCUACAGAGUAAAGAAGGCUGGUAUCAAUGGCGUGGGCAGUUGGUGGACGGUCUCAACACUGGCUUGCAGGGCAUCAAGCAAGGUAUGGCAGCUGACCUGGAUGUCCUGCAGCAACAGCAGCGAGUUUUGGAAGAUGUGGUCCCGCAAGUGUUGCAAGAGCAGUCGGAACUUGAAAUCCAGGCCAACUCUUUACGACAAAGCCUUGAAGAAUUUGAUAGCAUCGACCGUGAAGCUUUGGAGAAUUAUCGGCAACAACUGCGAAAUGUCGACGAGCAAUUCCUUCAACGAUCAGCACAUCUAGAGGAUCUGCAGCAACAAAUGAAGGAGAAAGAUGACGCUCUUAGUGCAGCCGCGGAUUACAAGACCGAGCUACAAGAUCAAAUUGCAGAGUCUGAAAGGGUCAGGGAGGAGACCAGAGGCUUGCCAGUCUCCGAUGUUUUGGCGCUCAAAUCGAGGGUUGAAAGUAUUGAGAAGAAGACUGGUUGGCAUCUCCUGACAGCUGAAGAGGAGGUCGAUGAACCGAACGAGUUUGGGCCCGGUCUUGUCAUGGUGUACAAGGACGAGCUGCGACUAUUUUUCCAUCCCCAGGCCUUCCAGUGCAAGCUCGAACAGACUGGACGACGUCGAUCAGGGAGGAAGUCUGCGUCAGUUUCUGGCCCAUCAGCCCCGAUCAGCCUGACGUAUGCCCCUGAGCAGGACGAUUCUGAAGCCGGUCCACGUGAAUUGUCUACAGAAAAACGCUUUUUCCUUCAACUGAUUCGAAGUCAGCUGCACGCCUUUGCGAUGAUGCCAAAGGGAGCCAUUGCCGCAAAGGCAGUGUUGUCUACGGCGUCAAAGGGGUGGGACUUGGCGUCGAGAGUGUCUGAAGAGUUGAGGCUCUUGAAUCUGGUUGGCGUGACGACGGUCUCGAUCAUGGGCGACGAGAGACUCGGGGUCAAGGUCAUGCUGCUCCUGCCUACUCAAGGCCGAGUGGAUAUGGAAUUCGUCGUCACAGUGGCUGUACUGAAUGACGGCGAAAUCGUCGCAACGUCCAGUGUCACUGCCACUGCUGUUUAUGGUGGUGCAGUCGACACCCUUGCCGGCAAGAACAGGAAGGUCCAACAUGCUUUGGGCAAGGAGGUUGAAAGUCGAACCCUAGGCGAAGGGGCGUGGGCCAGUGCCAUUCAUGGCUUCAAGGCCUGGGUCAGUGCGCAGGAAACGGCGAGAGAAGAGAGGAAGUCCAAGAAAGUCGAGGAGGAGGCCACUUCUGUCCCUGUUGUACCUACGCCAGUACCUGUACCUGCACCUGCACCUGUUGCGACUCACGAAACAUCACCACAGGUUGCGGUGGUUCAUUCUGAAACGAAACAACAGCGACAGCAACAAAAAGGAGUGCCGCAAUCAAAUCAUCUGCCGACUUCUUCGUCCUCACCGCCUGUCCGGCGCUCACCUCUCGCGCCCAAGCGGACGAAUGCGAUACAAAAGAAGACACUACCCGUGCCGAAGCAGCGGCUCGAGAAAUUCAGUCUGUCGUCGUCUGCUCGUGUACACGUCUCGGAAAAGGAGAAUUUCAACCCCUCGCUCUCGACUUCGUCGAGUAGAGGGAAUGUCGCACCAGCUGCCCACGACGUGGGCAAUGGCUGGAGCGAAAAGGAGUUUUCCAAACCCGCCAUCACGCCGGAGAUGCAGGAGGCCAUGAUGCACACGCCCAUCAAGCGAGUCGGCGCCUUGAGACGGAGUCCUGUUUGAGUUUGAAUCUGAGCAUGUCGUGGGGAUGACCAUGUCACGUCGUAAAGAUUGAAACUGAUGACUUGAGACGAAUUUGGAUGAACGGGAAAGAAAGCACGGAGUGGAAGGAGUUGGGUCAAUUGCGGAUUUUUUGUUCGUGGGUAGCGUUUCGAGGCAUUGUUUAUUGUUGUGUUUGUUGUUUGGAUUACUGUACAGAGUACCCACUUUGUAGUGUUAUUCUUACGAGA